UUCUGACAAUUGAACAAAAAUAUAUUUUAAUAUAAUUGCUGUCCAAAAUUCCUACACAAAAUGUCGAAAUUUUCCGAAUAUUUUAAUAGCACCACAUUCAAAGGGCGUGCAAAUGUGGCCAAGGCAACAUACGCUUCAUUCGCAGCUAUUUACUUAUAUAGCCGUUUUCGCAACAAAAAUCGAUCAUCCAAUGAAAACGCUAAAAGGAAUGAAAAUGCUAACAAUCAAACUCAAAUUGAGAAACCCCAUUUGGAGUCACCACACAGCCAUAACCAUGUGCAGUAUCAUAACAUGAAAGAUAAUGAGGCAUCUUGCAAUUGUGAAUGUUCUAAAGAAAGUGAAAAACUUCCAAAAGAGGACAUAAAGGAAAAUGGUGUAAUUCCAAGUGGCGUUUCACCCCAACAAAACCAGGGAGCUAAUAGUUUGAAUGGAAAUGAUAUUACAAAUAAACGUUCAAUAGCUGUUGCAGCAGCCGUUAUACAAAACUCAAGAGCUGCAUGCGAAUCUUCAGAUAAUAUAAAAGAGAAAACGGAAUUUGUGUCAUUUUUUCCUUUCGACGAGGAAAGAUUGAUCGAGUGGGGAUUUCCAUAAUAUAAGAACUAAGCUUUCAAUCCUUAUCAGCAAUACACACGGGAGCCGCUGCACAUGUUUACCAUGAGCGUAAACAUUUAGAUUAUUUUUUUUUUUUAAUAAUUGUAAUAAUUUUGAAGCAUUAAUAAAGAAAAAUGCUUUAUUUUUGGCUGAGUCAA